UGAGUGACUGAAUUUUUAUCAGCACGCCGCCGAUUGGCGGAAUGUCCCGGAAUUCACUUGUGGGAACCCGUGUUAUGGAAUGUUCACACAGACUGCAAGGCGUGCGUGAAUGACGAGACGUUGAAUAGGGACGUGCGGCCAAGAAGUUAGCCAAAGCGCAGUGUGAAGGCAUUUGGAGCGCAAAUCUUUUCACAUAUAACUUGAAAUACCCCUUACGACACGAAAAAUAUUUAGUCACCAUAUCGUCCUGUGCUUCGACACACGUACACGCGACACGCUCCACUCCCAGGAUUUUUUUAUUCUCUGUUGGAAUUCCUCCCUCUUCUGUUCCAUCUGUCUUUGUGACUUGAGACAGGAUGCCGAUAGAUACGUCUAACAAGCCAAAGAUGCACGAAGGACGAAAGUCAUCAAAGCCUCUCAUGGAGAAGAGGCGUCGGGCUCGUAUCAACGACAGCCUGGGCCAGCUCAAGACACUCAUCCUGGAAGCCACCAACAAAGAUAGUUCCCGCCACUCCAAAUUGGAGAAGGCAGACAUCUUGGAGAUGACUGUGAAAUACCUUCGCAACAUGCAAAGACAACAGAUGUCUGCUGCCAUUAACAAUGACCCCAACCUGCUGAACCGCUAUCGUCUUGGGUACAGUGAAUGCAUCAAUGAGGUGUCUAGGUUCCUGAACAGCUCGUCUGAAUCCAACGUGGAAGUACACACCAACUUGAUUGGUCACCUGGCCAACUGCUGCAGUACCCAGCAGCAAGGUGCAGCUGGUCAGCCGAAGCAGCAGCAGCAGCCUCCAACUCAGGUAUCACAGCAGCAACAACAGCAGCAGCAACACGUGACUUACGCCCCUGCGGCCACCAUCUCCCAAGCUGCCGCAGUCCCCACCACAGUUGUGCAGUCAUUGCAUCAGCAUCAACAGCAGGCUCAACAGCAACAACAGCCUCUCCAGGUUGCUGUGCCUUGCUCGACCAGCCCGCAGUCUCUUCCUCAAGCCGUUGCAGUGAAUGUCCCUAGCCAAGUCCACCCCGCGGGUCUCAAGACGGACAGUAACAGUGUAGCCCGGGUGAUCUCGGGUAUCCCCAUCGGGGUACCAGGAACCCUACCGUCUGGGGAGAUCACGGUAGUUCUGCCCUCCCAAGCCCUACCCGGUGGCCAGCUCCCCAGUCACUUCAUCCCCGUCUACGCCCAGAGCACGCCCCUACUCUCACCCCCAGCUUCGUCGCACAGUGGCAGCACCACUCCAUCUCCUAUGUCGAGUCCGACCUCCUCGGUGAGUUCCCCACCGUCCAACCCCGCCAGCAGCGCCCAGGUGUACCAGCACACCAUCGCCAGGGAGUCUCCCCAGACGUGCUUUGUGCCGUCCCACCCAAACUCGGCCGUGCUGUCCCCGGCCCCUUCCCCGGUCACCAACGGAGACGCCCGGGGCUCCGCCAGCAGCCCGGUGGCCGGAAAUCUAGCCCCUAUCAUGGUCCAAGCCACGCCGACCCUGGUCACACUCCCAGCGCCAUGUACUGUCUACCAGACCUCUCACCUGCAGCUCGCCGAGAACACCCACAGCCAGGAGGUCAACCCAAAUUCGCGGAGCACAGUCUUGCGACCCAUCAACGCCAAUGUCCCGCCUCCGGCCGAGCAGGACUCAAUGUGGAGGCCUUGGUAAUAACCACCAAGAACUGAACUGAAAGAACACUUGGUGUAAUACUUCGAAACAGAAAAAAAAAUCGCAUGUAUGACAGUGUGAAGGCUUGUUGUGAAGCUUGAUUGGCAGUUUAUACAGAUUUUCCCGCCUUUUUUUUCCUUUUCCUAAGUUUUCCUUGGCUUUAAAGAAGGAGAAGCAUUCCUUGCGAAGUAAUCCACCGUAUUCCAUGUUUUUGUACUCCAGUAACUGUCAUUCCAUUAUUCAAAAAAUCAGGUCUAUAUUCCAAUGCAAAAUGAACAAGACUGUAAUCUAUUCCACAAUAUAAUAGUGUAUUCUGCAUUCCAUGCUCUGGGUGUACACGCACAUGUAUUUGCUGGACGCUGACGAUAGACGAAACCAUUUGAUCCUGCACUCAACACGAACCGUAACUCUAAAACAUGCCUGAGAUGCCUCUGUACCACCUUGCUUUACAGGGGUAUUGUUCAAAAUGUUCUAUGCAAAAUAGUUUUCAUGUACUUGAAUGAGCGAUGUGAAAUUUUCUUGGCUGUGCUUUUCUUGAGUUGUACAUAGCAGUAAUUUAUUUUUUCACUCGAGAAAGCUGAGCCACUCGAAUUUCUAAGGCAUAAAAAGGCUAUGCAAGUCGAAACGUUCUUUACAAUAUGUAUAUAGUAUAGAGUUUUUAUGUUAUGUGUUGUGCUUCCAGAAAAUUCCAAAAAUCAAACGGUAAUUUGAAAGUUAUUCAAGAUAUUCAAGAUUGUGGUGAGAAAUGUUUAAUGGUGAUUUGUUUUUGUCUGCAUGGUUACCAAAGUAUUCACCUCCCUUGGUAUUCACCACGUGCUGAGAUAAAUGGGAUUUUUUGUACGAUUUCUGAGAUAUAUUUUCGUAUUGUUUUGAAUGAAAACACAAAAUAAAUAUACCUGCGAGUGAAACUCUUUGCAUGACGGCUG